UCAAUCAUUGUUUGUGAAUUUCAGUGUUUCAUGCAAAUUUGUGUCAUAAAGUUCAUAAACUCAUCAUUAUUUCGUUUCGAUAACUACACUGGAAUAUAUUCCUCCUUACGUUAUUUAACUGAAUUGUAAAGUGUUUAAAUUAAUAGCCAUGACUUCUGCAAUGUCUGAUGAUAGAAAUGAAGAGCGUCGCCGUAGGGUACUGCUUGGCCCUCUUCCAGCAGGAUUCCUUCGCACAGAUGGCACUACAGACAGUGUUGAUGCUGAUUAUCAAGCAGCCCUCGCGCUGCAGCAACAGCUGUGUGGCAACACGCUGCCAGCAGCCGGGCCGCCUCUCACGGCAAGAUUAAGCGUUACGAUAGCACAGGCGAAACUUGUUAAGAACUAUGGACUCACUAGAAUGGAUCCAUACGUACGUAUGCGUGUCGGUCACUGCAUAUACGAGACCCACACAGACCCCAGCGGUGGGAAGACACCGAGGUGGAACAAAGUCGUUCAUUGUCUAUUACCGCCCGGAGUGAACUCCAUGUAUUUGGAAAUUUUUGACGAGUGCUCCUUCACAAUGGACGAGCUGAUUGCGUGGGUGCACAUCACUAUACCGCCAGCGGUGUUAAAUGGAGAGACGCACGAAGACUGGUAUCCGCUGAAUGGGAAACAAGGAGACGGUGUGGAAGGCAUGAUCAAUCUAGUGCUGAGUUAUUCUGUGGGCCCAGCAGCGGUAGCGGCGUUCCCCCCGGUCCUCGUAGUGCCCAGCACUGGUAUGGGGUACGCGACGAUGCCAAUGUACCCCGCGCAGCACGCGUAUCCCCCACCUAACCAGAUACAGCAAGCGCAUCCGCAACCACAACAGCAACAGGUGCAGCAACCGCCCAUCACUGCGGAACAGUUGCAGCAGAUCGAAGAGAUGUUCCCAAGCAUCGAUAAGGAGGUGAUAAAGUCAGUGUUGGAAGCGAAUCACGGCAACAAGGACGCUACCAUCAACUCGCUGCUACAAAUGUCCGAGUAACAUCAUCAACGGAGAAUUUCAAUAUUAAAGUGGACAUUUAAACUUAUAUAGCUUUUACGAGGUAGUAUGACAUUUCAGUAUCUUUCAUUAUGUUACUG